AUGGAAGGACCACCUCCCGUAUGUUUUCGCCAGUGUUCCUUCACUUACGGAGCUGAACCAUCGACGUUGCACAUAUCGCAGCAGUGCUUCUCCGAUUAUGUUUGGAUCCUUGUAACGGAAGAUGAUACAUGUGUGCCUGGUGUAGUGCUUCGCUUUGACCCGCAUGAUGCCGGCCCUUGUGUGGGUUGUGAGAGUCUUAAUAAUUUACCUUCACUUCCGUGUGAGUAUCUGUUAGGCGUACGGGAUCAUGCGCUGACGAAUAUACUUUCUAGUGCCAUUGCACAUGCCAUUCAAUCAGUAGGUGAGCAACGACCACUUCUAUUGUGCGUCAGCGCAGCGAAGACGGCGAAAAGGCUGCAGACGACGGAGGAGCGCAUGUCAUUUGUGCGGAUGGUUAGAGAAAAGGUUGUAGCAUUGGCUAAAGGAGAGACGUGUUGA